AUGGCGACGGGCGCUAAACCCCAGGCAGAGGACGUGCUCCUGACCGUUUCGGUUCAACAUCCCAACCUCGAUUUCCAAUAUCCCGAACGACGCAUCACACUUGAGCAAAAGAACCCAAGCGUCGUGCAAAUCGGCCGUACCAGCAAACGGUUUAGCAACCUCGAGGCCAAAGCCGAUAACUGCUAUUUUGACAGCCCGGUCAUGAGUCGCGAGCAUGCCAAAAUCACCGUCGAUUGGUACCACAAGAAGCUUUUCGUCAAAGACAUCGGCUCACUUCACGGAACCUAUCACAACUCUCUAAAGCUGCCUCUACAUGCCGCGAAGGAGCUGACCCGGGGUGAUGUUCUCAAAUUUGGCAUCGACAUUCAACGAUCCAACGACCUCUUUCCGCCUUGCACCAUCCAGGUAGACUGGGAAUUCGAUCACCUGGCCAAGGCCAAAGCUUCCGGUCAACUCAGCGGCCGCCCCUCCUUCUCAGUCCCCGAUGACUCCGACUCGGAAAGUAGUGAUGAAGAUAUGUCCACCAUGGACGAUAUCCGCGCCACCGUUGAGAAGAUUCGCAAGAUAGAGAUGCCUAAGUUGACUACAGGCCCGGGCGGUUCCUUCCCCAGCUUCCUGCCUCCUCAUAGCUCUAUCGAUCUCACCGUCGACUCUCCUGUUCACGAAUCUCGCGGAGGUGCACAAGCUGAGACCCCAAUUGUCAUCGACGAGGAUAUCCCGAAGGACAAAAAUGAGCUCGCCGAACCCCUUCCCAAGGUCAUGCAAGAUCAGGAGGUGACGCUUGAGCUGGACGCACCGCAUGACGAAGACGAAGAAGACGAGGAUAUGCCUUCCAGUCAUAGAAUGGACUCGAAGCUUCCUCUUGUCUUCGCCUCGGACUCCGAAUCGGAUGACUCCUACGAUGACUCCUACGACGACGAGUCGGCAAGUUAUCCCGAUGAAGAACCCUCAGAGAUGCCCGACUCUUACGAUGAUGACAUUUGCCUGAGUGAUUCCGAAAUGUCGGACCGCAGUGACGCUGAAGAUGAUCUGGAUGCCGAAGAUGAGAGCAACAGCGAAAGUGAGAGCGAGAGCGAGGACGAGCUCUUGAUCGAAGGUCCGAGCUACGACGAGCCUGAAGACAGCCAGAUGAACGAUGACAAUGACAACUAUGGUUCUCAACCUGACAGGGACAUGGCAGCCGCCUGGGAAACCCAGGGCCCCUCUCUUGCCUUUACGCAAUCGCAACAAAUGCCCAGCAUGCCACACACGAACUACUACCCCCAGCCCGAUACUGGUCGCCAGUUCUUCCCCGCGCCUAUGCCAUCACUCUCUUCUAUCAUACCUUACGAGGGACUGGAAGAGCAGGGGAGGCAGAACGACUUCAGGCUGCCGUCGAUUCUGAAUCCUGCAGACACGCAUGUCGAGAAUGAGAAUCCCUUCGUAGCCGGCCUGAAACCCCAGCAACUGCACAUGUCUGCACCGACAGACCUCAUUCAAUGCGAGGGGGUGGCACCACUUCAUUGCUCAUGGGAGCGGGCCCUGAGCAUUCCCAAGAGGGGCGUCGCUGCCACGGAGUCUCUGGCGUUCUCCCAGAAUGAUGGCCCCUCUGCUGAAGCCCUUGGAGAGACCACUGGCAAGACUGAAUUCUUCGCGGCAAGGGAGGCCAACAAGGCAACCAUGCGUCGCCACGAGCAAGACCAUGACAUGAUCCCGGUCCAACCUCGCAACCAGGUCCCCGAACCGCCUGCGAUUUCUGCCGAGCCAUCUACUUCAAAACUCCCGUACAAUGUUGUGAUCGAUGCAGCACCCGUGCCAGAGCCGGUGAACGAAACCCCCAAGUCGGCCUGGUCUAGUUCUGGAGAGAAGUUCCUCAACAGUCCUCAAAUUUUCUCCGUCACAGACGCAACAGAAGCUCCUGAGCUUGACAUGACGAGCGCUUAUCAGUUCCAGCAAAGCAAGCUGGGCUCUUCACUGACCGCCCCUACCGAGCCUGAGGAUACACCACAGGCAGUGACGUCUCCAAAGCGCAAAGCAAAUGAGAUAUCGACUCUCACGCCUCAUGAGGAGUUCAUCGAGGCGGCUAUGAACAACAUGGUAACCGGGGUGGAAACAGCUGCCGAGCAACCCACGACUGUUCCCGUUGCUGCAGAGCCCACCUUGGGAGCACCUCCUCCCCCUAAGCGUCUGCGAAGCUUCUUGAGCAAGGCUGGGUACUUCUUCGGCGGCGGCGUUCUGACUGCGGCAGGUGUCGUAACAGCACUUGCCGCAACCGCCCCUGCUCUUUGA